AUGGAUUCUGGACCUUCAGUCACUGAAACAAAAGUUUUAGAGGUGAAGAAGUACCUUAUCGAUAAUAACAUAGUCAAAGGUAAAAUUAAUGAUUUGGAUGUGGUUAAGGAUGUAUUAAAGAAAUAUCGCGGUUUCUUUGAUGUGUUAAUCGAACCUAUUUUGAAUAAAACGGAGGGUUUGAAUGAUCACACAAGAAUUUUGGUUAUAGAUUCAUUCUCGAUUUGGAUUCAGAGAUCUACACAAUAUAUUUGUAGCAAAAACCUUGACACAGAUGAUUACAUGAAAAGUAUGGUGGAAGAUAUGAUCACAAUUAAUGUCUGCAAUGACAUUUUCAUGUUCAUUAUUGACUUUUGGGCCGAUGGUGGGACCAUGCAGGUAAAUGCAUUAAGAGAUAUGUUUAAUAAGCUAUUGAAAUUGAUUAAGAUGAUAUACAGUGAACAAUCUAUAUCAUCUUUAUUGGAUGCAUGGUUAAAUAAAAUCAUUGAGAUACCGUCAACAUUGAAGGUUCAAUAUUAUUUCCUAGAUACUCUUUCAGUUGAACGUAUCGAUAUGUACAAAGUAUUAGAAAAUAAAAAAAGUUUUAUACACAAUUCCAUUUCGUUAAUGUGGUCUGAUUCCUUUGCCAAUCCUAUUGGUAAAGCUAUUUCUAGUUUAUUAAUAAAUGUUUUCAGGAAUCACUAUGAGAACAAUAUUAAAAAUUUGGAGUCUUGGUUAAAACUAUGGCAAAGUCCUGUGUCGACAUUUUUAAUGGAUAAAAGAUUCACCAAAGCAAUAGAAUUAUACAUACUAAUACCAUUGUUUAAAAAUAUGCCAAUUGAACUAUUCCCAAUGUUUAUUAAAUCGAUUUCAGGAGAUGAAUAUUUACAUCGAUUACUUCCAUUAUUAAAGAUUGGUAAAGAACUUGGUAUUGAAGAAGAACCUUUUGAGAACGAUAAAUUGAUCUCACUCAAUAAAAUUAAGAGCCUUUUACAACAAAAUGAAUACAAAUUAGAUACAUUCAAGAUAUUGACUAUUUCAACUAGAAAAUCAAGGGAAGUCCCUCCAUAUGUGUUGAACAUAAUUCAAGAUAUCUUAUAUAUAUUUUUCAAUGAUACUAAUGUUGAAACAAGGAACUAUUUCUGCAGUUCGUUCAAGAAUUUUAUCAUAAGGUUAAGAGAUUCUUCAUAUUCUUUAAAUAGAGACGCUUUAAAGUUGAGAAAGGCAAAUAAGUUUCCACAAGAACAAGAAGAAAAAUUUAUGGCAAUUAAGAGGAUAGAAGAGUUCUUUAACUGGUUAGUAAAUUAUCUUUUUACACAAUUGGCGCCAGGAGCUCAGUAUCAUAGAUCGGAUCUAGCAUUUAACAUUGUUUCGUUUUUAAUCACUUCAGGUUUGGACGAUACGAUACCAUCGUCAUACUUCGAUAAUAGAGACAGAAGAGAAUACCCAUUCACAAUUCAUAUUUUUGAAAAUGGAAUUUUAGUUAGGUUACUAAUAGAUAAUAUCGUUAAUAACUUUUCUGAACUUCGUGAUAAUUCAAUCAAACUAUUAACCAUUGCUUUUCACUCUACAAAUUCUUUAAAGAUACAGUCUGAGAUUAAAUUUGAUUUAAUGAUUGAAAAGGCGAAUGAUAUGUUUAAUCGGUACCAGACAUGUGAUUUAGGUGCUCAAUUACAUGUAUUUUUAUUUUUGAAUUCAAGCGAGAAAGACAAAUACCUUAAUGAUAUGUUGACUAAAUUGAUAAGUGUAAUUCCAACUUCCGAUGAGGAUUAUAUAUCCAGAAUUAAUACCCCUGUCAGUGGAUACUGUACUUCAUUGGGUUUAAUCUUACAGCAGACGGAUAAUUUUAAAGACAUGCAGACAAUUCCAAUUGAAUCUAUAUUACGAGCGGUACUCAAAGUCUGGGAUAUCACAAAGGAAGUAUUAAGUCAUGAUUCCUCAGAUGGUAUUUUGCCACCUGUUUUUGUCAAAUCUAAUGUUCCAGACCAAAUUAUAAUAAGUUAUGCAUUCAAAUUUGUAAAAGAAUGUUCUUUAAUAUUAGAAAGCAUUUUAACUUACCAUGCAUUAGAUCACGAUCAAAUGUUCUCAAUCGGUGAACUUCUUAUUAAUCAGUUGUUAAACAUACGUCAUAGUGGAGCUUUUCAAGCUAGUUUACCAGCAUUUGUUUCAUAUUGUAAUAGAUGUGCUAAAGAAGAACCAGAGUUACUAAAUAACUGGUUAGUUAUGGUAAUUGAAUCCAUUAAGAAUAAAACACAGCAUAUUACUAGAAGAUCAGGAGGUAUGCCAUUUUUAAUCGCUACAAUUUUAUCGACUGAAAAAGGGACGGAAAGACCUAAAUUGGCAUAUGCCAUUGAAACAUUACAUGAUAUUUCAAUUCAACCUAUCGGAGAGCAUCAGGAUAAACUUGAUUUACCACAGAUUAAUGCCUUUAAUUGCAUAAGAAGUAUUUUUAUCGAAUCAAAACUAUCUGAGCCAUGCACUCCAUAUAUAGCUAAAGCUUUAAAACUGGCUAUAUCUUUUUUUACUUCAGAACACUGGGCGCUACGAAAUUGUUGUAUUAUGUUGUUCACCACCCUACAAAAUAGGCUAUUUGGCAAGCCUGGUAAAAAUAUGAGUGCUCGAUUGUUUUUUACAAGAUAUCGUGGAGUAAGGGAGUUAUUACUCAAAGUUCUUGAUUCUGUAUACUCAGAAAAAAAUGAUACUCAUUUAGAAUCCAUUUUUCUAGUUUUAAGUCUGUUAUCGAGAUUAAAACCAACCCCAGAUUACUAUGGUUUGAAAGCAUUUGAGAAUUCAGUAAUGUUAUGCUUACGCAAUCCUAAUUGGAAAAUAAGAGACAUGGCUAGUAGAAUAAUAGCGUCCCUUGUUGAAAAUAAUUUUACUACAUGUUUUUCACUCGUGAGUAAUAUUGGAAUAAAAAACCAAAACCAAUUGCAUGGUAAUCUUUUAGCUCUUAGGAAUAUCGUUAACUACAAUUUGAAUAAUUCCAUUGAUAGUGAAAGUUGUUCCGAAUUGUUAAGAUUGCUUCUAAUUAAAGUCGAUGAAUUUCUAAUUAAAAAUAACUCUUUUGUCACUUCAAAAGUGUACUUAGAGGUGGUUAAACUUUUAGCUAUUGGACGCUCUGACUACUGCAAACUUGAAUACCAAAACUUUAUUAACGUGCUUGGUAAUUUUUAUGUUAACAAUCUAGUUUCAUCGAGUGUAGAUGGUUCAAAGCAACUUUGUUUAGCUAUUGCAACAGACCUAUUAUUAACAAUGGAGUCACCAGAUAAUAUUAAAGAUAUUACACUUUUAACAAUACUAUCUCCAUAUUAUGAAGCUCAGAUUGUUUGCCUCGACUAUAUUAGAAUGAAGCCUGAUAUAUUUAUGAACAAUAAAGAAAUUAUUAAUUGUUUGAUUGAACUUUACAACGUGGAUACCUUAUUCGAAGAUUGUAAGUAUAGAAUAGUUGAUGUCUUGAACAUAUUAAAUUCAUCAUUGGAUUAUGUUAUAUUAUUCGAUAUUAUUGAUUCUCAGUGUAGUGAAAACCUAAAAUUGUCCUCAUUAAAAUGUUUAGGAGAGAAUAUCACAGCUGAUAAUAUUCAAGGUCCUUGGGAAAAAAUCCUACUUUAUGUCGGUGAUGAUAUGCCUGAAACCUAUAGAGAAGCUGCAUUGAAAUGUAUUAUUAAUUAUUUCAAUAAUUCAAAUGAUCCUAAAGCAUUGUGGCAAAUUUAUAGGAUGUUAAAUGAUGAUGAUGAUGAUAUAAGAGAAAUGUCUUCACAUUAUUUGGCUGAAACUUUUUUACAAUUAGAAGAAUGGAGAUAUGAUACAAGUCCAACUGCUGUUUGUAAACUAUUUAAGAAAUCCUUUAUCGAGCAGUAUGAUAAUAACUUAAUUCAAGAAAUUUUAGUGAAAGAGCUUAAAGAAUUCAUUACAACGUUCAGUUGUAUUUUUGUUAAAUCAGUUAAAGAGGUUCAACUUUUUGAUAAGGAAAAAGAUAAUCAGUAUAGAAAUGACAUUUCUUACUACAUGGAUGUGUUGGACAUGGUUUCUAUGACACAACAUAAUAAUAUUAUUGUUAAUGAAAUAGUUUCAUCAAUUAAACAAGUUUUAUUAAAAUUAAAAAAUGAAGUAAAAACAGAUUCAUUUUUGGGUUGGUCAUCUGAUCCAGAUGUAUUCUCUAAAUUAGUUGUUCUUCACAGAUUGGUUAAACUUUUUUCUCCUGAGGAAUCAGAUAAAUUUGAUGACUUGAUGAUAAGCAAUAAAAUUCAUCCACUUAUUGUACAUGGAGAAUUCCACUAA